AUGGCCGGUUUUGAGCGAAGUCCCAGAUCUCCAGAAGCAGUCCCGACGGUGGAUGCAGAUGGGACCCAACCUGAGAUUUGGGGUUGGUGUAUCCAGGGCAUUGGACAGGGGUCGAACGUGGGAAUCUCUUUUGUGUCCAGUACAAUGGCUUUGACCUCGUUCUCCAAGUCGUACAUUCUCGAUUUCCAGUUCUCAUCCUGGUACCCAAAAUUCCGCCAUAUCAGUAUUAAAUCAACAAUUAUCAAACCACUUACACAAGAUUUUUGCAACUAUCUCAAUGCCGAUGGAAUCUUUGUGCCCAAAGGUUCAGAACCUGAAUCACCCGGACUAGAAAAUGACGAUGAGGAAGCCGAAAGUGACGAUGAAGAUGAGAACAAGCAGUACUCAUUUCCAGAGCUAGAUGCGAAAGUUAGAGAAUGUAUCGCUGAAUACGGAGCAGUCUUCCCAAAGCUGAAUUUUUCAUCACCAAAGGACGCGAACUGGAUCCUCCCUGCUUCGGCACCUCUAAAAUGCACAUCUCCAGCGGAUGUUUACAUGCUCUUGAAAUCCUCUGACUUUAUAAAUCAUGAUUUGGACCCUGAAUUGGUGUUCGAGGGAUGCGAAGAGUCCCCUUCAUGGGAGCGGGAAACGUACGAGUUAGAACUGGUGCUGAGGAAGUGGUACUACAUGGAACGAAAUCGGGAGAUGCGUUGUUUCGUCCGGAAUAACCAGCUGAUAGCAAUAUGUCAGCGAGACAACAACUACUAUGAUUUUUUGAACGAGGAUGAAACAAAGAAACAAAUCUCAACCGCAAUCGAGGAAUUCUGGGGCUCAAAAAUCAAACCGGUCUGGACUUCUAGUAACGAUUACAUAUUUGAUGUACUACUCACACGCGACCUACGCCGAGCACACAUCGUCGACUUCAACCCUUUCGUUACUCGGACAGAUCCUUUACUGUUUACUUACAAGGAGCUGCAAGCCUUGAUGGUCAGAUCACAGGAGGGACCAGUGUUCCGGGUCAUCGAUUCUCGUUCUCACCCUACGGCGAACGUCAACUCGCCUGCAAACCAGCACAACAUGGUGCCUUACGAGGCCCUAACAAUGAGCAGUGGGAGAAAUAUACAAGAUUUUUCAGGACUUUGGGAACAGAGUAUUGUCGAGAGUAUGAACAGUAAUGACGAUGGUGAUCGAUAACAAGAACGAGUAUUCAAAAAGCACCAGAUUGAUAGACAACUUCAUUCACUAUAAAGCGGGCUGGCCGACAAU